AUGACAGAUGUAAAUCUAGCAAUGAUUAACACAAUGGAUGUUAAGAGUGUGUUUAAAACAAUUAACCCUAGAAAAUCUAGAGGUCCAGAUGGUGUCAGUGGAAAAGUUUUAAAGGCAUGCAAUGAGCAAUUGUUCCAUGUGUUUUCUCGUUUAUACAACUGGUCACUCAAUUCUCAUGAGGUAGCUGCAAUUUGGAAACGUUCAUUAAUCCAUCCACUGGCCAAAAUUGGUAACCCUAGAAUGCUAAAUGAUUACAGACCUAUUGUUCUUACUGCCGUGCCUAUGAAAUGCUUUGAAAAACUAGUUAAAUGUGAGAUCCUUAAUGAAACCAAUGAUGAAGCAGAUCCAUAUCAAUUUGCUUACCGUCCUAAGAGAGGUGUAGAAGAUGCCAUUACUACCCUAUUGCAUAAAAUUCUUGUUCAUCUAGAGAGUGCUAAUGCAUAUGCUAGAGUUUUAUUUUUAGAUUUUUCCUCGGCUUUUAAUACAAUUAAACCUCAUAUUUUAAUGGAGAAGGUAAGGGUCAUUCUUCGGUAA